ACUGAAGAUCACAACUCGAUUACAACUGGCCGACGCUCACACACAGCGGGGAAAUAAAAGACCGUUAAGUCUGACAUCAACGUAACGUCUAUCAACCCCUUUCGAUUCGAUUUAGGGUUAUGGACGCGUGUGAUUUUUCUACGGUUAGUGGUUUCCGGUUCGGGUUUGUUUAAUGAUUGAAGAGGAUAAGUGCUUUGACGCUGCCAAGCAGUAUAUACAGAAAUUUAAGCUGAAGUAGCCGCGCCAAAGGGAAAAACCUUAAUAGUUUCAGUUGUCAGUAUAUUAAGUGGGAAGUGACAUGUCAAAAUUCUAUAUUCAUGGGAAAGUGGUCGAUACUGUUGAACUGUUGAGGAAGAGACAUUUACCAUGGCGCUUUGAUGUCUGGCCAUUUGCCAUAAUAUACGCUGUUUGGAUUGUUGCCUUAAUUUCUAGGUUAGACAUUUUCGACGCCUUUAUAGUACUUGGUGGCCUUGUAGCUGUGCAUGUGCUUGUAUUUCUCUUCACAGUUUGGUCAGUGGAUUUCAAAUGCUUUAUCCAGUAUUCCAAGGUUUAUGAUAUUUACCAAGCCGAUGGCUGCAAGAUUACUCCAGCUAAAUUCUGUGGCAAGAAGGAAAUUGUUGCCCUUAAAUGUCGAAAGUUGGCUGUAUCUUCAUCCACAGCAGUCGAGGAGGAGAUAUAUUUUGACUUUAGAAAACAAUGUUUUAUAUACUCAAAGGAGAAGGAAACAUUCUUUAAGCUUCCUUACCCUUCAAAGGAGACAUUUGGCCACUAUCUUAAAUGUAGCGGCUAUGGCACAGAAGCUAAGAUUGUUGCUGCUACUCAGAAAUGGGGACGUAAUGUAUUUGAAUAUCCACAACCUACUUUCCAGAAAUUGUUGAAAGAGAAUUGCAUGGAACCGUUCUUUGUGUUUCAGGUAUUUUGUGUAGGGCUCUGGUGUUUGGAUGAAUACUGGUACUACAGUUUGUUCACCCUGUUCAUGCUGGUUAUGUUUGAGUCGACAAUGGCAAAGGCUCGGUUAAAGACUCUAUCCGAGCUUCGACGUGUUAAAGUAGAUAGCCAGACUCUAAUGGUGCACCGUUGUGGAAAGUGGGUUAAAAUUUCUGGGACAGAUCUUCUUCCCGGGGAUGUUGUAUCUAUUGGCCGCUCUACUGAUCAAAAUGGAGAGGACAACGCUGUGCCUGCUGACAUGCUUAUCUUAUCUGGGAGUGUCAUUGUCAACGAAGCGAUUCUGACAGGAGAAUCUACCCCACAAUGGAAGGUCUCCAUCACGGGAAGAGGACCUGCAGAAAAUUUAUCUGCUAGAAAAGAUAAAAGUCAUGUUCUAUUUGGCGGCACAAAGAUUUUGCAGCAUACAUCUGAUAAGACAUCUCAUUUGAAGACACCUGAUGGUGGCUGCCUUGCUGUUGUUCUACGAACCGGAUUUGAGACUACCCAAGGGAAAUUGAUGCGGACAAUUUUAUUUUCAACAGAAAGGGUAACUGCUAACAGCUGGGAAAGUGGUCUCUUUAUCUUGUUUUUAGUUAUAUUCGCAUUAAUUGCUGCUGGUUAUGUACUUGUGAAGGGACUUGAGGACCCAACUAGGAGUAGAUAUAAGCUUAUACUUAGUUGUUCACUGAUUAUCACUUCUGUUAUACCGCCAGAGCUGCCAAUGGAACUAUCAAUAGCUGUUAAUACAUCCUUAAUUGCGCUGGCUCGACGUGGGAUAUUUUGUACUGAACCUUUCCGUAUCCCUUUUGCUGGGAAGGUCGAUAUAUGUUGCUUCGAUAAGACUGGGACAUUAACAUCUGAUGACAUGGAGUUUUCGGGGAUUGGUGGAUUGACAGAAAGCUCUGAUUUAGAAACUGAAAUGACUAAAGUGCCGACUCGCACUCUGGAAAUUCUAGCAUCUUGCCAUGCAUUGGUUUUUGUGGAGAACAAGCUGGUUGGAGAUCCACUGGAGAAGGCUGCAGUGAAAGGUAUUGAGUGGAGUUACAGAUCAGAUGAGAAAGCAAUGCCGAAAAAGGGAAAUGGAAAUGCUGUUCAGAUUGUGCAGAGAUACCACUUCGCUUCUCAUUUGAAGAGAAUGGCAGUUGUUGUUCGUGUUGAGGAGCAGUUCUUUGCUUUUGUCAAGGGUGCACCAGAAACCAUUCAAGAAAGACUUACCGAUGUGCCAUCAUCAUAUGUAAAGACGUACAAGAAAUAUACUCGUCAAGGAUCUCGUGUUCUGGCAUUGGCAUAUAAGUCACUUCCUGAAAUGACAGUUAGUGAAGCUAGAAGCUUGGACAGAGAUGUGGUGGAAAGUGAACUUACUUUUGCUGGUUUUGCGCUAUUUAGUUGUCCUAUAAGGGGAGACUCGGCCUCUGUGUUGUCUGAGCUAAGAGGAUCAUCACAUGACUUGGUGAUGAUAACAGGUGAUCAAGCGCUAACAGCUUGUCAUGUCGCUGGGAAAGUAAAUAUUGUUACUAAGCCCCCCCUAAUUCUUGGCCCGGGGAGAAGUAGCGGGAGUUAUGAGUGGGUCUCACCAGAUGAAGCACAGACAAUCAGAUACAGUGAUGAAGAGGUUGAAACUUUAUCUGAGGUUCAUGAUCUCUGUAUUGGUGGCGACUGUAUUGAAAUGUUGCAGCAGACAUCCGCUGCUCCUAAUGUCAUUCCUUAUGUAAAGGUUUUUGCGAGGGUGGCUCCUGAGCAAAAAGAAUUCAUCAUGACUACUCUCAAGAUGGUUGGCAGGAUGACUUUAAUGUGUGGUGAUGGGACCAAUGAUGUGGGAGCUCUGAAGCAGGCGCACGUAGGUGUGGCUUUGUUGAAUGCAAUUCCUCCUCAAAGUGACAAGUCACAAUCUGAAGGUUCGUCCAAAAGUGACACGGGGAAAUCCAGUAAAGUGAAGAAAGCCAAGGCUACAACAGAAGCAGGAAAGUCUCUUACUAUAAAUGGAGAUAGCUCUUCAAAGAGUAGAGCUGCUGCAAGAUCUGAUUCCACCAGUCAAUCAGUUGGUAAUCGUCGUCAGACAGCAGCAGAGAUGCAGCGGAAGAAAUUAAAAAAGCUCAUGAACGAACUAAACGAGGAAGGUGAUGGCCAUGCAGCUCCAGUUGUUAAGCUUGGAGAUGCCUCAAUGGCGUCACCAUUCACAGCAAAGCAUGCAUCUGUUGCGCCUACUAUAGACAUAAUCCGUCAGGGCCGUAGUACUCUAGUCACUACUCUCCAAAUGUUUAAAAUACUCGGUUUGAAUUGUCUUGCCACAGCCUAUGUUCUGAGUGUGAUGUACUUGGAUGGCGUCAAAUUGGGUGAUGUUCAAGCCACAAUCAGUGGAGUUUUUACGGCUGCCUUCUUUUUAUUUAUCUCUCAUGCUAAGCCCCUUCCCACUUUAUCAGCUGAACGGCCCCAUCCAAAUAUCUUUUGCUAUUAUGUCUUCCUCUCUCUCCUUGGGCAAUUUGCAUUCCAUAUUUUUUUCUUAGUUUCAUCCGUGAAAGAGGCUGAGAAAUACAUGCCUGAGGAAUGCAUUGAACCAGAUUCUGAUUUCCAUCCCAACCUAGUGAAUACAGUUUCAUACAUGGUGAACAUGAUGAUCCAGGUUGCUACAUUUGCUGUAAAUUAUAUGGGUCACCCCUUCAAUCAGAGUAUUUCUGAAAAUAAACCAUUCUGUUAUGCCCUUUUGGCCGCUGUUGGUUUCUUUACUGCCAUCACCUCUGAUCUGUUUAGGGAUUUGAAUGACUGGUUGAAGUUGGUACCGAUGCCAAAAGGAUUGAGGGACAAGCUUCUCAUUUGGGCUUUUCUUAUGUUCUUGUGCUGCUAUGCGUGGGAAAGGUUUUUGAGAUGGGCUUUCCCUGGUAAGAUGCCAGUGUUGAAGAAGCGACAACGGUCAGGUGCAACUGAACAAGAAAGAAAAAAGUUGCUUUAAAUUGUGCAGAAUACACAUAUUAAUUCGAAUGGUGUCCGUGCUACUAGAAACAGUUAGGCGGUUUUGCUAGACCAGUAAAGUCAGUGCUAAGCAGAUCAUAAAAAACUGUUGUUCAAGUGUUGUAACUGUCAAAUUUAGAUUAAUUUAUCGACCUUUAGAUCUUUAUGUGGAUUUCUUUUUAGAACUUGAGAAGUCCACUUAAAAGUUGAGGUAAUUUACUCAUAUAGAAAAUUUACUGUGAAUAUUGUCUCCUGGUAUAUGCAGCAAAACUUUUCAAUA